GGAAACAUGGCGGCGUCCAUGUGCUGUUCGCGAAUUGCUUCAAGCCAGAGAGCCAUGUUAGGCAGCGUGCGGUACGCGCUGCGUCCUCGCACAAAACCUUGCCGUUGGGGCUCGCAUUUGGCCAGGUCUUUCUGUUCAUCAAGUGGCAAGAGCACCGAUGAUCUGGCAGGCAAGAGCGAGCAGCCGGCCAAGGAUGAGCCAUCAGGCGACCAAAAGAAAGCUGCGCUGGACAAGCUUUCGGCUCUGCUAUCCGACAUGAAGAUUGAGUCCAUUGCAAGCACUGAUCCCAACAGCUUAUCUUUCAAACUGGCCAAACCUGGGCUACCGAAGAAGCCAGAGCUGAAGGAAGAGGCGCAAAGGACCAAGGGCCUUGGCAAGGCAGUCGUGCAGGCUGCCAGAGAGGUGGCAGCCAGCCUGGGCAGCAGCAAGGAGCAGAAGGAGCAGACAGAGUCAGAACUGCUGGCACGGCUCCGUGUGCACGCGCAGGAGAGGCAGGGAAACCAGCACGUCGCUCCGGAGAAGGACAACACGGCCACGCUCAGCGACCUGUUUGUCGGCAUGAAGAUCGAGCGCAAGAAAGCCAAGCAACAGGGAAGGCAGGAGGGUGGUGGGCGGGGAGAUCGCAGCCGCAGAGACCGCGAGCUUGGCACAGUGCAGAGCGAGUUCCUACCGGGCACCAUCGAUGCACUGACGGAGCAAGUCAACAGGGACACAAAGGCUGCCGCCCGACGACAGGCUGCUAACAAGCAAGAACGCAUUGAGGAGAAACUGGAACUCGACGUCGACAGGCGGCUUGGCAUAUUUUCAAGGGACAUUGAAGAAAACACAGAUGUGCCACAACUCAAAACGUGGGAGAGACUGCAGCAGCGGGAAUUGCAGUUGUUGGUCACACCACCGCCCAAAAAUGCUUAUGAGGAGAUGAUCCUCUGGACUGAGCAGGGCAAGCUGUGGAAGUUCCCUAUCAACAACGAAGCAGGUCUGGACGAGGAGGCGCAGAUAAGCUUCGAAGAGCAUGUCUUCCUUGAGGAACACAUCGCGGACUUUCCCGAGCGGGGCCCCAUCCGUCACUUUAUGGAGCUUGUCCUGGUGGGGUUGUCCAAGAAUCCGCACAUUUCCGCCCAGCGCAAACGGGAGCACAUCGAGUGGUUCCGCCAGUACUUCCGCGCCAAGGCCGAUAUACUGCGUGCCUCGGGAGCGCUGCCUGAGGAAGGCGAGUUCUUCUACUUGGGCCAAGAGGAGGAGCGCAGCAGCAUCGAGGCCAGCUGAACGGCGAUCGUAGGUGGACGUGAUAAUACUUCGAGGGUGUACGUGCUGCUAACUGCUCAUUUGGACGCAGUAGAGGACUGUUGUGACUAUGGUGGGAAAUGUAUUUUGGAAGCUGAGAGUGAAGUUGCUAGGUGCAGACUACAAACCACAUGGUGGACGUGCUGAAAUUAUUGCCAUAAUUCAUGCUGUGCAAAUUUAUUUAAAAUAGAAGACGUAAUAAAUAGGAUUCUGCAAACAAA